AUGCGCGGUCAACUCGAGCUGACGCCGACGUAUUCGGUGCAGCUGGACGGCAAGAUCCUGGCGAACGCGCAUGCGGUAGGCAACGACCUGGACGGCGCCACGGAGCUGCUGUUUGGCUCGUUAACGGGCAAAGUGUCGGUCUGGAAGUGCAGUGGAGAAGCUGUGCAGUGGAGAAGCUGUGCAGUGGAUGGCUCCGUGACAUCCAUUUGUCUCGAUUACUCAGUCACUGGCAGUCUUCGGGUUAUUGUCGCGACGGCCGAAGGAACGUGCGCGGUGUUUUGUUCGGUGGACGGUGUUGAGGAGUUGCAGCUGUGCUUUGAGUUUACUGUCGCUCUGAAUAUCUGUGACAUUGUCCACUUGAACGAUGAGCUCAUUGUGGCAACGCGUGACGGUCGUGUGCUUGUAUACAAACGGAAUGAUGCAGAGGCUGGCAAGGUGGCAGAGUACGCGCAGGUCGCACAAAUGGAGAUCGAUGACGAGGUCGAAAAACUGAUUGUAGUGCAGCCCGAGCUGCUGGAUUCAGAUGCUUCGCCCCAGCUUCUUGUCCGGUGUUUUUCUGGUCGAGUAUUUUGUCUGAGUGGGCCAAGCACAUUGGGGGCAGCUCACAAGCGAGAAAUCGUGCCGUGGAACGGACCACUUACCAGUGGCGAUGGUAUGACUUUCGUCGUUGCCGACAUUGAACUAAACGGAUCGCGAGGCAUGGUCGCGCUUGUAUCCAUGUGCGGUCUAGUAUCGCUCUUCUCAUCAUCAGGAGAAAAGCAGUGGGAUUAUCAGUUGCCAGAAGCUGUGGUCAACGCUGACAAACUCGAAAUGACCGUGCCUGAAGGAGGACGUCAGGAUGCUAUUGUGGUCUGUACUUGGACUGGACAACUGUAUGCGAUUCAAAGCGAGCGAAAACUCGUGCGCUUCCGAAUGCCGCUGCCUGGUUGCUCCAUGUUUUGUGUUGGCAUUUGCGAUUUGACUGCCCAGGUUGACCCCACUAUUGUCGGGAUCAGCACUUCUGGCACAGUUUUCGUUUACCGUGACGUUCAAGACACGCUUAUUCGAGGUCUGCAGGACGUAACGUUGGCGCAUAAAAUCAAGCAGAGCUCUGUGUUUGCUCAACUGGACACCUUAGAAAAGCGAAAAGAUGUGAUGAUGAAGCUGUGCACUACGUUUCCACAAGCUGUCGUGUCCGCCGAGAUUACAAUGCCCAGUGUGGAGGACCUGAUUAAGGUUAUGCUUACUGUUCCUGUGCAGCCGUAG